UGGCGGAAAAUUUUGAUUUCUCGGUUUUGGCGGGAAAAUCCAAUUUCUCAAUUUUUGCGGAAAACCCCGAUUUUACAGUUUGUGCGAUUUUACGAUUUUGACAGAGAAAAUUCAAUUUCCCGAUUUUGGCGAGAAAACCCGAUUUCUCGGUUUUGGUAGAAAAACUCAAUUUUUUUUUAACCCCUAGAUUUUUUUUGUCCAUUGGACAACCCAUGUCCAUGAAACCCAAAACCCGUAAAGACCAUUUUUAAAAUGGUCAUCCAUAUUUUGUCCAUUAAUAACCCAUGGAAAAAAUGGGUGUGUCCAUAUUAAUUCCAUUUAAAUAUGGACGUGGACGACCAAUGGACGACCCGCCCAUUUGACACCUAUACCACCGAUGGUUCAUAGAGACGUUAAAACUGCCAACAUAUUGUUGGAUGCCAAUUUUAAGGCUAAACUUGCUGAUUUUGGACUCUCUAGAUCUUUCCAAGGUGGAGGCGUAUCUCAGGACACAGCAGUUGCUGGUACUAUAGGAUACCUUGAUCCCGAAUAUAACCAUUCGGGUCGAUUGGGUGAGAAGAGUGAUGUCUAUAGUUUCGGGAUAGUAUUGUUGGAGAUGAUCACAAACCAACCUGUGAUUAAUAAUCAAACCUCUGGAUAUCCUCACAUAACACAAUGGGUUGGCUUUGAGCUUAACCGAGGUGAUAUUGUUGAGAUUAUGGAUCCAAACCUUCACAAAGAUUACGACUUUAAUUCUGCAUGGAGAGCUCUUGAGCUGGCAAUGGUAUGUGCAAAUCCUUCUUCUUCUAAGAGACCAACCAUGUCUCAGGUUAUUCACGAGAUAAAAGAGUGCAUUGUGUGUGCAAAGUCGGGGAUGAGUAAGAAUCAAGGGUUAGAACCUCAAGAAAUAACGAGCGCCGACACUUCCAUGGUUCCCACUGCAAGAUAGUUCUGAGUGUUGUCUUCUCUUAUCACCCAAAACAGUAAUAUAGCUACAUUUUAAGGAAUGUUAUUGUUCUGCAUGUCCAGACAAUAUUCUCUGUUCUUUUGGUUUCUUCAUGUGUCUUGAGUACCACAAAACAGGUCAUGUUUCUGUGUUUA